AUGGCGGCGAUGGAGGACUGCUCGUCCUGCGCCUUCUCGCUCACCUGCCCCGAAGACGGCGCCGACCUCGGGGACGGAGUCGUUGACGACGGCGACCUCUUCUCGUUCUACGCCGGUGCGGCCGCCGCCGAGGACGAGGACGGCGACAAUGAGUACGUGGAGCAGCUGGUCUCCAAGGAGGCCAGCUUCUGCUCCUCCUCUGAUUCUGGUGAUGCUGACUGCUCGUCGGCCGCUUCCGAGGACUGGUUCCGCCAGGCGCGCCUCGCAGCCGUCAAAUGGAUCCUCCAAACGCGGGGGUGCUUCGGGUUCGGCCACCGCACGGCGUACCUCGCCAUCGCCUACUUCGACCGCUUCUUCCUCCGGCGACGCGUCGAUAGGGCGGCCAUGCCGUGGGCGGCGCGGCUCCUGUCCGUGGCCUGCGUGUCCGUGGCAGCCAAGAUGGAGGAGUACGGCGCGCCGGCGCUGUCGGAGCUCGACGCUGGCGGGGGCUACGAGUUCUGCUCCGACUCCGUCCGCCGGAUGGAGCUGCUCCUGCUGUCCACGCUCGGCUGGCGCAUGGCUGCCGUCACGCCAUUCGACUACCUCCCCUGCUUCUCCUCCCGGCUCGACCGGCACGGCGGCGGCGGCGAUGACGGCCAUGACCCCGCCCGCGUCGCCCUCAAGUCCAUCGGGUUCAUCUUUGCCACAGCCGAAGCCGGCAGUGUGCUGGAUUACAGACCAUCCACUGUGGCUGCAGCUGCAAUCUUGGCUGCAUCCUAUGGAGCUCUGCUGACCAGAGAAGCACUGGAGACGAAGAUGGGCAAUCUAUCUCCAUCCUGCCACAUUGAGAAGGAGCAUGUACAUGCCUGCUACAGCAUGAUGGUUGGGGACUUGAGAAACAGGAUGAGCAAUUGCAAGAGAUCACUGCCAUGUUCAGACUCCAAUGAAGCUGCCACCAGUACAUAUGAUUCUCUUCUUGUUCAUGAUGUUGCUGACACCGCCGCCUUCAUGGCAGCGGUGUCGGAAACGAAUAAGCGGAUCAGGUUGGAGCUGCCGGGCAUCCGUUGAGAAGCUAGCACCGCCGGAGACACGCAAUUUUUUCUGUCAGAUGUCUAAGUGGGGGACUUGGCUUUGAUCUUCCUUUUUGUUUUUCCACCAUCAAAUUUGGUUAGGUUCUUUCAUCCAUUGUCGUUGCUAUGGUUGGCAUUGGCAAUGCUGUUGGAUUGGUUUGGAUUGGUUUGUGGGAGGGGUAAGAGAUGAGCAAAGAUAAGGGCUGAGCUUUUCCUGAGGAGAGGAGAGCUUCAGUGGAGCCUCAUUUCAAGUCCCCAAAUGGAGCACAUUUCCUGUGAAAUUCACCCAAAAUGUGCACUGGUUUGGUUAUGCCAUUGUGGAUGCCAUCUUUGCAUUGCAUAUGGUGAGAUGCUGCUAGAUGCAGCAGUAGCACUGAAAGGCUGAGGGGGCUGGCCAUUGUUUGUAGAGCCAGCCAAGGGAAAAGGUUUUCUGCAAGUGGAUGUGUAGAUCAGUGAGGAGUGGUGUUCCACUCAGAUGCACUGCACUUGCAUGCAUGGGUUACAACAUUGGUUUGUGACGAUC